UCUUGUAGUAUAUUUCUCGAGUCGUAGGGCUGGGUUGUAGCUCAGGAGUCGGCCGGCGCAGGACGUGAGCUCACAGCUGGGAUUGCAGGCAGCCACGGGCCAGAGGCCGCACGGAGUCCGCUCGCCGUUCCACUGAGAGGAGAGGCGCCCCCGCCGACGCACUGAAGAGUAUGAGUCCCUGGCCUCUGUGGGCCACUCAUUCGUAACCACUUCCACCACGGCAGAGCCUUCCAAGCCCACCGCCUGCCGUGUGGUGAUCUACCUGCAGCGGGAGAUGUCAGGGGACACCUGUCUAUGCCCAGCCUCGGGGGCCAAGCCCAAGAUAAAUGGCUUCAAGGGAGGCGGCCUGGGCAACAAGUACGUGCAGCUCAAUGUGGGCGGCUCCCUGUACUACACGACAGUGCGGGCCCUCACCCGGCAUGACACUAUGCUCAAGGCCAUGUUCAGUGGGCGCAUGGAGGUGCUGACCGACAAAGAAGGCUGGAUCCUCAUAGACAGAUGUGGGAAGCACUUUGGAACCAUCUUGAAUUACCUCCGAGAUGACACCAUCACCCUCCCUCAAAACCGGCAAGAAAUCCAGGAAUUGAUGGCUGAAGCAAAAUAUUACCUCAUUCAGGGGCUAGUGAACAUGUGCCAGUCUGCCCUGCAGGACAAGAAAGACUCCUACCAGCCUGUGUGUAACAUCCCCAUCAUCACAUCGCUGAGAGAAGAGGACAGGCUCAUCGAAUCCUCCACAAAGCCUGUGGUGAAGCUGCUAUACAACAGGAGCAAUAACAAGUAUUCAUACACCAGCAACUCUGAUGAUCACCUGCUGAAAAACAUUGAGCUGUUUGACAAGCUGUCCCUGCGAUUCAAUGGCCGUGUGCUCUUCAUCAAGGAUGUCAUUGGUGAUGAAAUCUGCUGCUGGUCUUUCUAUGGCCAGGGUCGCAAGCUGGCAGAGGUGUGCUGCACCUCCAUCGUGUAUGCCACAGAGAAGAAGCAGACAAAGGUGGAAUUCCCAGAGGCCCGAAUAUAUGAGGAGACACUCAACGUCCUACUCUAUGAGACCCCUCGAGUCCCUGACAAUUCCUUGCUGGAGGCCACAAGCCGGAGCCGCAGCCAAGCUUCCCCCAGUGAAGAUGAGGAUGCCUUUGAACUGCGGGACCGUGUCCGCCGCAUUCACGUCAAGCGCUAUAGCACUUACGAUGACCGGCAACUUGGCCACCAGUCUGCUCAUCGAGACUAAUGAGACCCUUAGGAAGUCAGAGCACAAGAAGCCAUGUCUGCUAUCCUGUGGAACAUAGCCCACUGGCCAUCCUAUGCUGCUCCUGCGAGCUGGGAGCCUGCUCUAGCAUAUAGUGGUGCUGGGCCCUGCUUGGGAGGUCAAGGAGCCCGGCAGAGGAAAGGUCACACUGCCCUACCUGGUCCUGCUCCCCCCAUCACUUCCAGAUGCCACCCCACUUCCUGCCUGGCAGGGAGCUACUUUAGGGUGAGUGCACUGACUUCCACCUCCUGUGGAGAACAUUCCCCAGGCCCUUGGCUUAGUGCCCUUCUCUCUGCUGAAGAGCUCCUUCAGUUCCUCAGCUGAGGCCCAUGGGAACAGUUCUGUCCUAUGGGAAAGGAGGCUCCUGGUGCUGCAAGGAUCCAAUUUUGAACAGAAAGAGCAGCCUUCUUUUUUUCUUAAGGUGUUUAAGCAUAGGUAUGACCUGAUUUUUUUUUUUGUUCUUAAAUCUAGAAGUUAGCAUGGUGGCCUUGCCUAUAAUCCCAGCUACGGAGAAGCCGAGGCAGGAAAACAAGUUAUAGACUAGCCUGGACAACUUGGCAAGAUACUGUCUCAAUACAAAGUUUUAAAAAGAGGGCUAGUGGCAUAGCUUAGUGGUAGAAUACUUACCUAGUAUGAGUGAGGUCCUGGGUUCAAUCCCCAGUACUGCCACACACACAAAGUAUCUAGGAAAUGACUAUUUUCUAGCCUGAUGAGGGAGAACCUAGAACUAAGCAUUUGUUACCCUGCAGGAUGCCAGGACCCCACCUAGGCAGACUCCUCCCCCCCCCCCACACACACACACUACCCCUUUAAAUGCCCUAGAACCCAUCUUUAAAGCACUUUGUAUGUCUGUCAUUCAGGAGUCUGGCACAUGCUAUAAUGCCAGCACUCACAGGCUGAGGCAGGAGGAUCAUACGUUUGAGACCAGUCUGUGCUAUGUAGUUAAAAUUCUAGGCUAGCCUGGAAGACACUGUCUCAAGAAAAAAGCAAACUGACUAGCUUUGGCUUUGUCAACCUGACUGGGCAGCCCAAAGAACACCAGGAGGGGAAGGAUACCCAAGUAGAGCCCAUGAUUUUAAUAGCACCCUAUGGGAAAAGAUAUCUCACCCCCUGUAGGGUCAUAUCACUGACCCAGACCUAACACAAUAGUUUGGUUUGGGUCUCAUACUUGGGUAUGCUCAGCUCUAAGACAUGCUGUCCCCACAGACCAUAAAGCCAGAGGCUGUGAUGCAGGCCAGAAACACAGCUGCAGCAGAAGGCACAUUCUUAUAGCCACAUGCUGCCAGGAAUGCCCACAGAUGUGGCCCAGGCUUCGCCAUACUUUUGCCCAGCUCCUGACAUCAUGUCUUGGUUUAUGGUUUGGCUCUAGGUAGUGGUUCUGUUUAGUGACGAGUCUCCAAAUACAUAGUAACCAGGGCAACUUAAGCCUUUUGAAAGGCCUCUAUUUCUUUUGGGUCACUUGACCAUGGAGGUACCAAGGUCUAGACUGGAUGUGAAUUAUUCCUCUGGGCUUUGGUUUUCCUCCCCUUCUUGCUGGUCCUGGCCCUCCUAACUGGAUUCUUUCCAGAGGAAUGUUGUCACUGGAGGAAGCUGUUUGCAAGCCUGACAAAGUGUGUGGCCAUCAACAGUGCUCAGGACAGAACACAGAAUGUCAGCUUCAUCCCUUGACCACUCUCAUAACUGCCAAACGGCUGCACAUAGCUCACGUCUCAGAGCCUAUAGGCAGAUGCCAGGGUUAGGGUUGGGCUCUCACAAGGCCCUGACAUGACAUGAUAGAGCAAGGGAAACGUGACUUAGUAAUCAUUUGGUGUUAAUCACAGUCUUGAAUGUAUAAACAGCUCUGAGAUGCUCAGGUCAAGCACCUUGGUGAUCAGCAGCUACUAGUUCUUCCAGAACUCACUGGAAGUGAGAUGACAAUCCAUUUUUUUGACCAAAUUUAGGCUUUAGCUUUGAGGCUUUCCCACAAACUUUGGAAUGUUGUUGUAUGAGGCCACUGGUCUAUUUUCUCAGCUGUCCCCAAGAAGCCCUUUAGUAUUCAGAGUCCCAGCUCCAUGCUACAUAUUUCCAGUUUGUUCCUUGACCUCCAUAUCCCCUUUAGCCUCUCUACUUGGUGCUCUGACACCCGUAUCAGUGGUGUCUAGUCCUUGGGCCUGCACAGCAGCAAGAGUCCAGGGCUGGGUAUUCAUCAUCUUUGACUGAAAACAUCUCCUUGGUUUAAGGAAAACACUAACUGAAAUGAUCUGAGCGUUUUUGCUUGGACUGUAUGGCUUAGGGAUUUGUGGGUUUUCCAGUCCUAUUCCUACAGUAGCUCUUGGCAGGAUGAAUCUACAGGCUCUGUUGAACCUGGGAUUGAUGUGACUGGUCUACCUAAAGGGUAGCACAGGUUCUGGCAUGAAAGACUGUGUCUUUUACUGCAUACCUGCAAUCCUUGGUUGCUUCCCUUAAGCAAUAGAAGUAAACACUAACUUCUAAUAAAAUUGUGUUACACUGCCAUG